AAAAAGAUAGUAAAUUCGUCAGAGAAGAAACCACAGCUCCACUUGGAUUGACCAUAAUCCCAUCUACAUUUAUCUCUAAUAUAAAAAAUAAUGCCUGUCUUAGUAAUAAAAAAUCUAUCACGAUUCCAACUGAAGUACUCAUAGAAAAAUCUAAUCCUAAAACACCUAACUAUAUUUUACUGGAGGAUGCUUUUGUAAGAACAACUCUGCGUAUUAAAGAUCUCAACGAAUCUGGA